AUGACCAAGACCUCACCUCGACGAAUCCCACGUAGACGAGGAGAUUCUUCUAGACAAGCUGCUUUCACUUUUCUUUCUAAUAUCAGCCUUGAUAACAACGAUCACUUGCAUAUUGACACCAAAAAAGCGUUUAGCACUAUUGAAAAAGUUUCUAAUAAUGAAGCAACAACAGGAAGCCAUGUUACUUCCAAAACUGGAAUAUCACCCAAUAAAAAAAUAUUUAAUAACGAUAAAACUUCCCCCAUAGUUUUAAAGGAGGGUCAUCUUGACAAUUUAAAUUCUUCUAGUGAUGUCCGUUUAAGAAGUAAUAGCCUUCGUGAAGAAGCAGCUAUAAAUUUCUUGACGAACAUUAAUCUUGACUCUAACAGGAAUCAACAUCCUUCAAGAGAAAGUUUAACUAGCCCAACAACAAUUUCAGUGUUUGAGGCUAGUGAUGAUAACUUACUCAAUGAAGUAGAUGAUAAUGUGGGCAACCAAGAAAAUUUAGAAGGUUCAUCAUCAUCGCCAUCAUCUGCUUAUGUUAGAAGACGUAGAAGUUCAACAUCAACAUUAAAUUCCGAUACGAGUUCUUCUUCUUCAAUUUCUUGUACAUUGUCUAACUCUCCAAAUCAUCCAACGGCAACAAAAUCGUUAUCAAUUACCCGCAAUAAAUUGGAACAACAUCGCCCAAAUAAACAAGCAGAUAAUGUGAUUAACACUAAUCCUAUCAGCAAUAGUACUUCUAUUGGUGAUCAAAAUAAUAAUCGUAAACAACAACAAAGUGGCGUUGGUUCAUUCUUGACUACUUCGGCACCGCUUGGAAUUUUUUCAAUGUUGGGAUAUUCAGACAAGAAGUCCAAGCAUCAGAGAAAUCAUAAAGAAAAUUUAAAAAAAAUAUCAACAGAUUUGGAAAUUACAAAAAGUAGAAAGGUUACGAGCAAUUAUGAUCCAAGAUCGUUAGAUGACCCAGAAUUGAAAACAGAAAGACAACCUUCUUCAAACGAGUUUCAAGAAGCCAAACCAAACAAACAUCGUUCAAUGUUAAAAGCUAAUGAAAGAUUUCGUCAAUUGCAUCCUGAAAUUGAUCCAUCUUUAACUCUAAGCCAAAUUCGAAAAGUCAAGGCUAAAUUAUUGGCAGCAACUACUUACGAAAAUUUAGAUUUAGAACUUUCUACUGUCGCGAAAUCAUAUGCAUAUUUUGAAAAACUUAUUUUAAAGUCACUACAUAAAAAUUUGGAGGUUACGAAAAAAGAAAUUUUAGAACAAGAAUUUUCAGUUUUUUCAUCUUUAGAAUUUGAACUUUAUCUACAUAAUCAAGAAUAUAUGCCACAUUUCGAAAGGCUUUUUACUAAUUUGAAUAUAAAAAAUAAGCAGGAAUAUUUGGGCGACAAUCCUUUUUACGAAAUUAAUUAUUCAAAAAGAAAUAACGAUAUAGAUUUAUAG